AUGGCAGCCCGGCUACUAUCUUCAAUAUCUUUAACCGAUGUCGUCCUGUCACUCUCCAGUGCGUGGAUUGCCAUUCAUCUUGUCCUAGUAGCCUACAAUGUGUACCUCCACCCGCUACGACGCUACCCCGGCCCCAAACUGGCCGCGGCGUCACAAUUGCUCAACGUGUAUCAUGUCCUGAGGGGAGAUAAUUGUAAAUGGACGGCGGAGCUGCAUGAGAAAUAUGGCACCGUGGUGCGCAUUGGCCCCAAUGAGUUGUCCUACAUCUCCCCCUCGGCCAACCAGACCAUUUUUGGGGGGCGGCCCAAGGAGGAUAAGGUGUUCGAAAAGAACCCCGUGGCUUAUCUGCAGGGAAAUGGUGAUAUCAGCAAUAUUUUCUUCGCUCGAUUUCACGAUCAUAAUCGGCUGCGCAAGCUCAUGGCCCCGGCCUUUUCCGAAACGGCGGUGCGGGAGCAAGAGGCCACCAUCCAGGGCUAUACCGACCAGCUGAUCGCUGCCCUGCGCAAUCGCUCUGGCCAGGCAGCGUACCCUAAUGAGAAGGGCGUGGUCGAUAUCAUUCCCUGGCUGCACUUUAUCCUCUUCGAUGUUCUGACCCGCCUGUCAUUUGGUGCUCCUAUCGGCUGUCUCGACCGAGCCGAUUAUCACCCCUGGGUAUCGGUCAUCUUCAAGGCCAUCAUCCAUUCGACAUAUACGCAGGCUGCCCACCGACUGGCUCCCUACGAACGGAUCCUCAAACACUUUAUCCCCAACGACAUGACCGCAAACUACGAGGCUCAUUUGGAAUUCACCCGCAAACAACUGGACCAGCGGCAGCAGGAAAAGGACGAGCCCGUCGCUCGCGCCGACUUUUCCUCUUUCAUGCUCAAGGGCAUGAGCCCUGACGAGCUAUUCGACAAUGUCAAUAUAGUCAUUACUGCUGGAGGAGAAACCACCGCCUCCACCAUCUCCUCGGCUCUCUACUACCUCAUUCACAAUCCUUCUUCCUAUGAGCGCUUGACCAAGGAGAUCCGGGACAGCUUCUCCGCGGACGGUGAAAUCACCCUGGCGGCCGUUGCUGCACUACCGUACCUCAAGGCAGUCAUCCAGGAAGCGAUGAGAAUACACCCCCCUGUGCCAAUAGGGUUGUUCCGAGUAGCGCCAGCAGCGGGAGCCUUCAUUGACGGCCAAUGGGUUCCAGGAAACACCUGGGUUUCCGUGGCCAACCUUGCUGCAUCACGGACCCCCAUGUACUGGCGCGAUCCCGAGCGAUUUGCCCCGGAACGCUGGCUAGGCGAUGCCAAAUACGAGUCGGACGUCCGGGAGGCGUCGGCACCGUUUUCCAUUGGAACGCGCAACUGCAUUGGACUGAACCUGGCAAAUGCCAACAUGCGUAUCAUAUUAGCGCGACUCCUGUGGAAUUUCGACUUCGAGGCCCAGCCGGACAAUAUCAACCCGCAUGAAUUGGAUGAAUAUGGCAUCUGGGAAACCAAGCCUCUAAAUUUGAAAAUAAAGGAGCGUGUACGAGGUACUUGA